AUGUUAAUGAAAUUUACAUCAUCUUAUAUUUUAUCUAUCUAUCUAUCUAUCUAUCUAUCUAUCUAUCUAAAUCGAGUAAUUUCUGUCUAUCUAUGUAUGUAUCUAUCUAAAUCGAUAAUUUCUAUCUAUCUAUCUAUCUAUCUAUCUAUCUAUCUAUCUAUCUAUCUAAAUCGAGUAAUUUAUAUCUAUCUAUCUACAUCGAGUAAUUUCUAUCUAUCUAUCUCGAGUAAUUUCUGUCUAUCUAUUUAUCUCUCUAUCUAUCUAAAUCGAGUAAUUUCCAUCUAUCUAUCUAUCUAUCUAUCUAUCUAUCUAUCUAUCUAUCUAUCUAAAUCGAGUAAUUUCUAUCUAUCUAUCUAUCUAUCUAUCUAUCUAUCUAUCUAUCUAUCUAUCUAUCUAAAUCUAUUCACCCACCAUCUCUUUCUAGCAAUCUACAUUUACGAAAAUCUCCAUUGA